CUCGAUUUUCGUGUCCUCCAAGUCCAACUAUAGCCCAUUCCAAAAUGCGGCAGCCAGAGGACCUCGCAGGUCUCGCUCUUGCCUUCUUGGCUGGCGGAACAGGCGAAGAACAAGAAGAUGAAGCUCCCCACCCAAGCAGGUCCGAUGCACCACAGACAAGAACGAUGUGCGAACGUAUCAUCGCUAUCGUAUUGCCACACGAAGAUAUGUUGGCUGCGUCGGGUACGGUUAAGGUGCCAAGAUACCUGUGCAAUAUCGCCAAUGCUUUAGAUAACGCACGCUUGCUGGAUGAGGAAGCAAAGCUUGAGGAUCAACAUUUUAAUAUGCAACUACUCCAGCUUGAAGAAGAAAAGGCUUCUCCGAGGAAGUCGCAGCAAGCCAAAAAUGAGGUCGUUGUAGCAACUACCGCCACCAGACGGCCAAGUACAGGUAGUGCCAAAAGUGCAAGAUCUUCGACGACGAGUACGAAUGGAGGAAAAAUUGACGAUGCAAAGCGAAGACUCAGAGAACAACACGAAGCACGAAUGGAACGAGAGAAACGUAUGACUCGGUUAGUUUCUUCUGCACGAGAGCGGGUCGGGAACCUUUACGGGAGGAUGUUUGUUGGACAUCAUGACUCGGGAGACGGAGACGAAGCAGCCAGUAUAUCUCCUGAGAUGAGAAAAACGGAAAGGGACACGAAAGAACGACCAGCCUUCGUCUACGCUUGGGAGAAAAUGUGGAAGUUUUAUGAAGAACACGAACAGACCAGAAGUGGUGGAUGCGAUGGUGGUUCUAUUCUCGGCAGUGCAGGUGACGAAAACGACGGAAGCCAAAGUCCCAUGAAGCCUACAGGGAAAACCUCACAAGACUCGAUAGCAACAAUAAAUGCCACAUCGUCAAGACCUGGAGGUUCUUGUUCUGGAUACCAGCCGCCAGCACUGAGAGCGUUGCUGUACGUGCUCCGACGUGCCCUGGUUUGGAAUCUUGAAAGGAUUGGUUUUCUCGUAGAGACAUUUCGCAUCGACAAUGAUCAGGUGUAUUUGAUACUCAGCUAUAGUUCUGGACAACGGCGAGCAUGUGGGACAGCGAGUUCUUCUCUCGGAGCUAUGACAUCAACAGCACAUGAUCAUCAGCCAGGAGGAGCAAACAACAAGCCCCGCGAACCUCUACUCUUCCGCGAAGCACAGCGACAAGGGCAGAUAGCUGCUUUGAAUCCGAAGAUCGUGGAUUUGGAUGCUUUUGAGCCAUGUCACCCGCAGACGUUUUAUCCCUUGUCGUUUGUCAUGACCCGAGCAUGGCAAGGACACGGAGACGCGGUUUUGGCCAGGUUAGAGGCUAUGGUCGCGAAAUGGGAGGUGGAAUUGGAGAUGCGAGAUGCUGGUCAGGAGAUGGAGAUGGAUCAUGGAGAUGGACCAGAAUCAGAAUUACAGGAGAAAUCUUCAAGUAAAUUAGACGAAGCCUUUCCGUGUGAUCCGUCUGGAGGUGCCGUGUCUGGAGUUGCCGGGUCAGGAAUGGCACCUGCUAGUCCUGGAGGACGAGAGACGAAGAAACAAGACGAGCCAAUCGCAGCUGAAGAUGUAGUGCCGGAACUAGGGCUCUCUCCAGGAAGGUCUUCUGAUAGGGAUACUGUGUCGUCAAGAUCGUCGUCAUCCGCUGGUGGCUCUCCAUCAAAUGCUUCUCCCGACAUCAAGAACCAAGGUGGACAACAGCCUCUAGCGAUCGCCAGCUUUGAGAAAGAUUCUACUACUGACGUUGUAGUGGUCACCUCCGCAUCUGGAGCUAGUAAGGCAAGCACUGCUCCUGUUACUACUGCUACUGCCAGAAAAUUCCGAAGUCUAGACGGUCCAGAUCGUGCUCGAGCAGCCUUGGAAUACUACAGGGGGGAACUAGCUAAGGCACGUUCGAACCACCGAGUGGUCACUGCGGAGAACAAAAUAGCGGAUGUGGCAGACGUUGAGCCUUUGUCUCCAACAUUAUGCGAAAUCGCGACAUUUUUUGGCUGCAAAGCGGACUAUGGGGA